AGAUUCUUCAUGGCGGACACAGAGAACAGAAACAAACAAGAGGUUAGGAUACUACCGACCGCAUGGCUCUUUAUGGGAAUGCAGCCACCAUUGGAGAAUCUUUGAAUGUGGAUUUUGCGGGGGCAAAGGAGGGUGGAGCUCUCGCCAUAAUGAAAACACCGGAAGUGGUCCUUAAUGGCAGCAAGCUUCUGGAUGAAUCCAAUCCUGAAAAGGUAGCUGAAAUAUCCAAAAGUCCUGCCACAAACGGCUACCUAUCCGAUACUGGAACAGAGAGCAAGGGAGAUGGACCUGGUGACGGUGUGCUGGCAACUGGAAAAAGUGAUGUCCAGGAUGUAGAUAAACUGAAGAAAAAGACGAUUAUUAACGGUAAUAUCGCCCCAAUUAUAUCAAUAGAAACUUUGGCAACGGAUAACAAAAACACUUCUGAGCAAGUCAAACACGAUGUUAUAAACCCCGAGAGUGAAACUGUUAAUGAUUCACCAAUGAUUUCCUCUUCAAAACAUCCCGCACCAAGUGAGAAAAUUGUAUCGCCACAGUUAGAUUGUGAACAAAAUGGUCAUCCUCCGUCAGAGGAAGCACAAGACGGGUUGACAGUUUCAAGGUUAUUGGGUGCAGGGUCACCUAGUACAGAUGUGUCAGGUACUGGGCCUACAGAAAAUCCAGAGACUGUUUCUGGGUCCGUAAGUACCAGGACAUGUAGGAGCCGCAGCAAGACUCCAGUCACCACACGUAGCAGGAGUGGAACACCUGUCAGCGUGGCGGGCACUGCCUCUUCUAUAGAAGACAGCAGGAGUAGUACUCCCGUAAGCACUGCUAUUAGCAGCUGUACUUCAGUGGUUUCCGAUGGUAGUAGGAGUACAACUCCAGAUCCCAUCUCAAAGAUGAAAACUGAUCCUGAUAAAGUUCAAUCUGAUUCUAGUAUUCAGGGAAUCCUUGCCAAAGAAGAGGAGGACGAGAAAGAAAAAGACUCCAUAAUAUCUACGGAGAAACCAAAAGACAUGUGUGUAAAGGAAUCUAGUGUUAUUGAAAAUGUAGUGAACACCACAGAAAUUAAGACCAUAGAACUUAGUUCAGAGUCCACAGAUGCUGUCCAGACUUCUGUCAACAAGACAGAAAUGGCAGACCCACCACUAGAAACAAACCCUCCAUGUGACACACAUUCAGAGGAUCAGGAUUCUUUAGAUGCAAAGUUAAGAAGCCAAAGUGCCCGUAGCUCUGAGGAACGUUCGUUCAUUGGUAAUGUACGAAGUUCUGAGGAGCGAUACUUAGGAAGUCCAUUAGGUAAUCUCUCAGGUUGUCGAAGUUCAGAGGAACGAUCUCUGGACUCGACGGACAGUGCAAUGUCAAAUAAAUCCAGAACAAUUGUGCCUAAAGCCCGCAAGUCAGGAUUCCCAUCAUCAUCUCGAAGGAAACGUGACCUGUUGCUACCAAACAAUGUCAUAGUGAAGUUACCAGACUUUGACAAUCCUAUACAAAUUGAUAGCCGGACACUAGAGAAGAUAAGCCGAUUAGGAAAAAUGGAAAACAAGCAUAAGGGGGCAGGUCCCUCGAAAUUUCACGAUAAACAUUUACCAAAGAAAUCUUCCCCAAAGCUCUCAUCAAAACGCUCAUCCCCUAUCCUAUCUAGUCCAAGUAAAAAAUUUCCCUACAAACGCAGAAAACGGAAACUAGGAGGUUAUAAGCUUCCCAAUGAGAUUCGUAAGGGUAAAACUGGGAAAAAGAAAAACGACUCUGAGAGUGGGAAGGACACUAAAGGUUCCGAUUGUGAUGAUAGUAUAGAUGGCCAAAUGGUCGUAGAUUUUAAUGACAGUCAGGAUACUGCAAGUGAUACGUCGGCAAUGGAUGUAGAUAAUAAUUUGUGUGUAGAGCACAAGUCGCAAGAGUUGUCUGUUCCUGGCAGGAUGGCUAUAAAAGUUGAGGCCGAUAUCCAUAAUGAACAUUUUAGCGUAGCUAGUGAAAGUGAUAGAGUAUUGAAUAAUUCCGCUUUUGCCCCAACAAGUCCAGAAGCAUCCAAAGAUGGCAGCACUAAAAGCGUUUGGGACAUUUUCAAGCAUUCUACUAAUGUCACACCGAAAAGUAAAAAUACUCUAGGCAGUACCCGGAGCACGAAGGGGGCAUGUGUCAGGAAAUUAGAGAAGAUGGGAAAGGAGCUCCAUAAAGGUAAAACCAUGGAUGCUUAUCUGUUGGGGAACCACCCUAAGUCGGAACCGGACACGGAGACCAAGGUAUCAGAAUCAAUUGUAAUGAAUACUCCAUCUUCACACAAGGUUGAUUCAGAUGAAACAAGAAAAAGGAAAAAAAUUGAAGAUGAUGAUUCUGAUGAGGAAGUGACGAUCCGUUCCCGUCCCAUGUCCACACCUCAGUCCCCAUUCCAACAUCAAUCAGGCAAGAAGCUGAAGUUGGAGGAUACACGCAAGACCCUUAUAACUGUGCUCAAUACCCCUCCUGGGUCUAUGCCUACUCCCACAGGCCUUCGCUCUCUACUGCCACGCUCACUGAUGGGGAGCCCCACCAACUCAAUGCCCAAGCUUGAAACUCACACCGCAAUGCAAAAUGUUAUCGCUUCCAACAAUCCGCCUAAGCUGAUAGUGCUGUCAUCAGGGUCACUAUCUAACAGCUUACAGCAGCCUCCAUUUAGCUCAAGUAUUGCCAUGGUUACCAAGCCCUUAACCACAGGGGCCACACCCCCGAUUUCCUCUCCGUUGUGUAUCAAGAGUAAUAAUUCUCAAAUGGAGAUGACCCCACAGGGGCGUGCGCCAGUCCUGAAGAAUCUGUUGACAGAAAACAUGGGCAGGGUGGUGUGCCUUGGAGGAGGUGAGCCAGAAUCUGAAAAAGAAAAUAGUUCAGACUCCCUCCCGUCGAGUAUGAGUUACCCUGUCACACCGCCCAAGACUCCUGAUGACCAGCACAGCGAGGACUUGAGUUCAGUUCCUAUAAAAUCUGGCAUAGAUUAUAUUCAAGCUCCACCAGGCCCCACCCCGCCAGACAAGGACAUCAUCCCUCUGUGUUGCUGUAAAAUCAAUGGUGCUAGUUUUAAAAAGCUUGGGUGUAGUACAACGUACUGCCAAGCUCUCGACUCCAUCGAUGGAAAGGUGAUGGGUUGCUGCAAUAAGGUGACAAGUUCCCAGCUGGUUCGGCCAGGAGUCAAGAUACCGUUCAUGGCUUUGUGUGAGGCUCACCGUAAACGGUUACGACUACACCAGUGCUGUCCUGGCUGUGGUCACUUCUGUACACAGGGCAAGUUUUACCAUUGUAGGAAGGAGGGGGCUGUAUCAGUCCACCACUUCCACAAGCAAUGCCAAGUCCUGAAGGGAGGAAAGUACUACUGUCCCCACUGUGGGGAGGAGUCGCAGCAGUUUGAGGUGUCCUUGUCGUUAGAGGAACCUGGUACGGAAAGUCUAACGGAUGAGAAACCCAACGCCAGGGCAGCUCAUAUAAACAGAGCCAAGAUGUCCAUCCACGCCAACACAUACAGAUCAUUCCUGAAGCCAGACAAAGAUCCAAGUGAAGAUCAGAUAACUGCCUCUCAUAAACUAUCUAAUGAAAGGACACUGUCUACAGGAGGAGUCCCCAUUGGACCUGAUAAGAAUGCCCUAGAAAAGGUCAUUAACAGCUUAGCUAUGGAGAGGCCAUUGAAAUACCGUAAAUUGCCUAAAUCUAUGUACAACCCAGCAUAUGAGGGCGACUUGGAAAAGAUCAUCUACAUGAUAGUGGAUGGUUUUGAGCCGGAUGAGAAGUAUGAGGAUUUUGACAACCAGACCUCGUUACAUGCUGCAGCUAUUGGUGGUAGUCUACCCAUUGUUCAUCUGCUUGUACAGGCAGGGGCAUCAAUCCACAGAAUAGACAAGGAGAUGAAGACCCCAAUGAUGUAUGCAGCAGAAAACAACCAUAUCAAUAUUGUUCAGUACUUCCUCAAGAUGAACGCUGAUGUUACGCUAAGGGCUGAAGAUGGUAUGACCGUGCUACAUUACGCCGCCAAAGCCGGCCACGUAGGAGUAAUCAAAUUACUCCUGGAGGCGGACAAGAUCGACAUCAAUGUUCAGGAUGAUGGUGGGUGGACGCCAAUUAUUUGGGCAUCAGAACACAGAUAUGUGAAUGCUGUCAAAUACCUAGUGAAGAAUGGUGCUGAUCCGAACCUCAAGGACAAGGAGGAGAAUACAAGUCUACACUGGGCCGCCUUCUCUGGUAGUGUGGACAUCGCCGAAAUAUUUUUGAACGCAGGCUGUGAUUUAGAGACUCCAAAUGAACAUGGAGACCGUCCAUUACACAUAGCAGCACGACAAGAUCACUAUGAGUGUGUAGUGUUAUUCUUAGCUCGUGGUGCAGAUGUGGAAGCAAAAAAUAACGAAAAUGAAGUGCCUAUCCAGUGUUGUCUAAAUGAAAAUAGUCCUGUGUGGCUGGCUCUUAGAGUUAACAAACAGCUGAAGGGUUUUGCUGCGGCCAGAAUGGGCAGACCAGAGAGGUUGAUCCAUAGGGACGUGUCAAUGGGCAGAGAAAACAUUCCAAUAGCGGUGGUGAAUGGUGCCGACGACGACCCCAUACCCACAGAUUUCCAGUACAUCACGGAGAAUGUGGAAACAGCGGAUCUAAACAUCAACAGGACCAUCAGUAGUUUACAGAGUUGCCGAUGUUCUGAUAAUUGCUCUUCCAUGUUCUGUGUAUGUGGACGCAACAGUGUCAAAUGCUGGUAUGACCGGGGUUGUCGACUGUUGCCAGACUUCAACAUGCUGGAGCCACCAUUAAUAUUUGAGUGCAACAAGGGCUGUCGGUGUUGGAGCACUUGUAAUAAUCGUGUUGUCCAGAUGGGAAUAGCGAGUCGACUACAGAUGGUGAAAACUAACGGCCGUGGCUGGGGCGUCAAAUCACUGCUAGAUAUACCAAAGGGCAUGUUUAUCUGCGAGUAUAUUGGUGAGCUCAUCUCAGAUUCAGAAGCUGACAGUAGAGAGGAUGAUUCUUAUCUAUUUGACCUGGACAACAGGGAUGGAGACACUUACUGUAUUGAUGCACGUCGUUAUGGUAACAUCAGCCGCUUUGUCAACCACCUUUGUGAGCCGAACCUGAUCCCUGUCAAGGUGUUUGUGGAGCAUCAGGACCUGCGCUUCCCUCGCAUCUGUUUCUUCUCUUCGCGUGACAUCAAAGCAGACGAGGAGCUUGGGUUUGACUAUGGCGAGAAGUUCUGGAUGAUUAAGUGGAAGCAGUUCACAUGUGCCUGUGGCUCGCCCAAGUGUAAAUAUUCUAGUGAAACAAUCCAGAAAACACUGGAGGACUAUCGCCUCCGACAUGAGGAUGAAGGAACUGGAGAAGGUGGGACCACGUAAUCGUGACGAGCGGGACCAUUCAUUAAUCAUAGACUUGGUCAUAUGUUAUUAAAUAUGGAAUGUUAUUUUAAUAUAAACACAAAUCCACUUCCUGAUUCAAACUGGUAUAAAGUCACAAGUGUGCUCACGAAAAUGGUUGGGCUGUAUACAUGAAGUAUGUGUCGACAAAAAAAGAUAGUUUUAUGCAUGAAAUGAAAACUUGGAAUUAAUUAGAUUGAUUGUUAAAAGGGCAGCUGUGUAAAGAUUAAAUAAAUACUGUAUAAAUUACUGAUGUGAGGCUAAAUGGCCGUCUCAUUGUCUCAAUUCAUUAAAAAAGGCAGAUUUUUUUUCAAAUAUUGAAUUUUACGACAAAUGAACAAUGAUUAUAGUUUAUUAAUGAAACUAAUUUGAUAUAGAAACGAAUACCAUCAACUUGUACAGGAAAUUGUAAAGGACCGACUAUUAAAGAUUAGUUUACAAGCUUUAGUAUGAUUUAGCUUUGUGGUAUAUAUUUGCAGUUUUAGACAUUUGGCCUGGUUUACCUAUUGGUACAGUCGCUGAAGAAUAAACCUGUGAACUGACCCUCUCUAGUACAAGUGGUCACUGUCCUUGACUAGUAUCAGUGGUCAGUGACCUUCACCUUCUAAUGUCAGUACAUUACUGUCCUUGACUAGAACCAGUGGUCACUGUCCUUCCCCUCUAUUAUCAAUGUUCACCAGAUGACAAAGGUAAAAGUGCACCUGUUGUUAAUAAAUUGUCAGUCAAUGUUUUGUGAGUUAAAGAUGAAAUAAAUUGGUCUGCACAUUUUAUAAGUAUCAUUGUGUUCAAUUACUGCACACCAUGGUGUGUUAUAUACAAUAGUAAAAUGUGUGUGUGUACCACAAUAGUUUAUCAACAUACUGUGUAUGAUGAAUUGUCUCGUAUAUUUGCCACACCACAUUUAGGUUCCGAGUUUCACUAUUUAACUCAUUCACCCCUGAAGACACAUUUGAACUCUUCCAAUUCAUAGGUUGAAAUAGUUCAUUUAUGAAAUUUCAGGGGUGAAUGAGUUAAUACUGAUCUGUCUAGCGCUGUCUUGGUGUUAUUUAUGUCUCAGCUAUUGUUAGCUAUGUAUAAUUAUUGGGUGAAAUUCUAAAUGAAAUUGGAAUUAGUUAUGUAGAGGGUAAUAUUAAUAUAACAAUUAGAAUUUAUAUUUUAACAUAUUUGUUUUGCUCUACUAAUAAUAUUUUUAAGCCAUGCCAUUUUUUAAUUAGUAAGCAAAGUUUAUGUAAAAAAUGAUUCUGAUAUUGCUGUAUGUUUGCACCUGGACAUGUGAAUUUGUGUUAAUUGUGAAAAAACCCUAAACGAAAAGUGAUGUGAUACUAUACACAUUUUAAUAUCACAGGAAGAAACCGUAUCAAAUGAAACAGUGCUCAACUGUUGGUUCUAGAAAAGAUAACAUUGAACGAAAUUCUCAUUAAAAACUAAAGGUAUUGUCUUCAGAAAACUUCCUUUAGGAAGGAAAUGCUAGCCAUUUCAAAGAGAUCCCAAUGUUUAGUGUAUGUGGAAAAGCAUAUUUCUUUUUGAAGGUGUCAAUAUUUCAAGACCAAGAUAAUCGUGUAUAAAUUGCAAGUUGUAUAUAAUUUAUUUGUGCAUACUUUUAUUUUGUAAAAAGUGUUCACACAUUUUAUUUGUUGUAAGUAUACCUGCUUGUUAUAUUAAUAGGAAGAUGAUAUGAUAAUCAACUUUAGCUAGUUCUAGAAUACAUAUACAAUACUUAUACAUCCUAGGGUCUGCUUUUGCAUAUUUCUACCAUAUACAUUCUUUUGGCUUAAAAGAACGAUUUGGUUAUUUAAUUUUAUAUAAUAAUUACAUGACUAAAAUGAUUGUCAAAACUUCCGAUUUGUUGUAAAAUCAGAUUCUUUGGAAUUUUAAUGUUUGAUUGGAAAAUGGAUCGGAAAUAACAUUUUUGAAGAAAUAUUUUUUUUAAUUGAAGUUCCAAGUAAUCGCAUUUACGUUCAAUCAGGUGACGAGUUUCUGAUAUUGAACAUGUUCCAGUGAUGUUUUUGGAAUAGAAAAUAAGUUUUGAAUUUUAGGUUUUUACAUCUAUAAGUAUUUCAGUACUUAAGAAAAAUUCACAUGUAGAACAUGAGAAUUUGGGUAGUUGAAAUUUGACAGUGAAAUCUUAGUUUAUCUGUCUUUGAAUAAGCAAGUGUGAUCGUAUAUUCUUGUAUGUUGAUGAUAAAUUUCACUCUGUUUCCACCAUUCAUUUGGGUGUAUGACUUGACAUUAUAUAAGGGGUCCUGCUCUGGUGACCUUUCCUUAAGGAAUGUGGAUUUUCCAACACUGCGGGCCAACAGUCAUCCCAAUCUAUCACUAGUACUCGGCAGAUAAAUUACUUCAGCUAAAAGGCCACAUACACCCGACACACACAAGGAUAGACAUUUAUAAGUCGUCUUAAACUACAUGGUAAGCAAAAGGUGUUAUUCAGCCAUCAUUCAAAUAAAAAUAAUUUUGGAAAUUGUGUUUUCAUUAUCUUAAAGAUAAACAUGCGACAUAUUGGCAUUUCAUGAUGGACUAUUAUUAUAUUGUAUAUAGAAGUACUAUUUGUACGAGGCUGGUAUCAUUUUAAUAAACAUGUAUGAUUUCUGUUGUAUUUUACUAGCCAUAGAGUGUAUAUAUAUUCAGACAAUUGUAUUAAGUAUAGCUGUUUUAGCCAACUUUGUAUCAGCUUAAUUUUAUUUUUUUUGGUUUUGUAUCUAAUCUGUCACUGUGUAUAAUUGUUUGUUUUACUCGCUCAGAACCCGUACAAGGGUUGAUUUCUAUUUACUGAACGAGAGUGCACGUCCAGAUAUUCCGGGCUGUAAGAGGUACUAUGUUCAACACAAUAUUUAUUGGUCCCUUGCACUGUAAGUUUAUCUUAGGUUUAAAAGUCACAUUCACAGCUUCUGGCAUAUUCAGCUGGAUUGAUGCGAUAAAAUGAAAGCUGAAAUUAUAAUCACCCAAUCCUAACAAGUAUUAUUCAUCUUUAUUCAAGCCUGCUUAACAAUUUUGUUUCAUUGGCCAACUUGCGUUUUGCCUUGGUAAUUUUUCAAGAAAUCGGGAUAAUAUAGGGGUGUUUUGAUAUCAAGAUAUUACAAGCAGUGUAAGUGUAUGUAUUGACACAGAUUAGAUGUCAAAAAGCCUGCGUCCAAAAAGUCCUGAGGAUAAUUUGUUGUGAAUAGGACAAUAGCAUUUGACAGGUGUAUAUUUAAGUGAUUAGUGUUAACGAGUCUUGGAGUAUAAGAUGAAGGUAGCAGUCACAUUACCCGAAGGUAUAACUUUUAUUCAAUCUGAAAAACAAACUUUUUUUAAAGUUGCAAUAACAUUAAAACAAAUAUUUGAUUCAUUAAAAAAACCCACUGUUUCUUAAAUUUUAAAAUGAUAUUUGAGUUUCUUAAAUAAAAGAUGUUCUGUUUUGUGUAAAAUAGAUAUCUUUUCAGAUAGUGAUGCACAAAAACUAAUGGACAACAAAAGUAUUGGUGCAAUUAGGUGUUGAGGACUGACAGUGUUCAGAUGGUCACUAGACAACCCUCUUCUAUUGUGGGAUAGUGACCCCCUUCUAUCAGGUGGAAGAAUGCUCCCACCUCCCUAAGUUAACAUGUGGAAUAGAGGUCCUAAUAUGAGGGAGAUUGGCCCCCUCUUUAAUAUGUGGGAGAGCGGCCGCUAAUUGUGGGAUAGUUCCUACUUACAUGUGGAAUGAGGGAUUGUUGCCCCUUUAACAUAUUGGAAAGCAGUCCUCCUUUUAACAUGUGGGAAACUGAGUCCCCUUGUAAAAUGUGGGACAGAGGGGGCCUUGGUAACAUGUGGGAAAGAGGGGCCCCUUGUAACAUGCGGGAAAGUUGGUCCCCUUGUAACAUGUGGGAAUGUGGGUCCCCUUGUAACAUGUGGGAAAGUGGGUCCCCUUGUAACAUACGGGAAAGUGGGUCCGCCUGUUACAUGUAAGAAAAUUGGCCCCAUUAUAACUUGUAAGAUAAUUGCCUUUCAUUAACAUUACUGAGGCCAUAACAUAUGUGAUGGUGCAUGGGAGAGAGUGUUUUGUAUGUACCCGUUUGUUUUUAACAUCAACAUGCAUAUGUUUCAUUGUAAAUAAAGUAGAAUGAAAGAAAAUAAA